UUAGGAGGUACUACCGCUCUAUAGAGAGGCACUAAGAUAAAGGAUUGGUGUUUUCACAUCAAAACACACAGGAGCAGGAAUAAACCACCCCGGAAAUAAAUCAAACUAGCAGAUUUGCUAGACCUGAGCUGUUCAGAUAGCGUUUAUCUGCUGUGAAUUUGUCUUUACACAUAGACAGGCUCUCCCUCUGAACAGCGAGAACGCCUCUCUCUUCUCUCUGCGUUGUGCCAUAGGAUGUCCCACAGCCCUGAGGUCAAGGAGGACCCCAUGGAGUGCCCACUGUGCAUGGAACCAUUGGAGAUUGACGACGUCAACUUCUUCCCCUGCACCUGCGGCUAUCAGAUCUGUCGCUUCUGUUGGCAUCGCAUACGUACAGAUGAGAACGGCCUCUGUCCGGCCUGCAGAAAGCCCUACCCAGAAGACCCUGCAGUAUACAAACCUCUCUCUCAAGAGGAGCUUCAGAGGAUAAAGACCGAGAAGAAGCAGAAGCAGAACGAGCGGAAGCAGAAAAUAACAGAAAACCGCAAACACCUAUCCAGCGUGCGUGUUGUCCAGAGGAACCUGGUGUUCGCGGUUGGCCUUUCACAAAGACUCGCUGACCCCGAGGUCUUAAAAAGGCCGGAAUACUUUGGGAAGUUCGGAAAGAUCCAUAAGGUGGUCAUCAAUAACAGCACAUCUUAUGCUGGCUCACAGGGUCCUAGUGCCAGUGCCUACGUCACUUACAUCAGAUCAGAGGACGCCCUUAGAGCUAUACAAUGUGUUAAUAAUGUUGUAGUAGAUGGGAGAACUCUCAAGGCUUCUUUAGGUACAACAAAAUACUGCAGUUAUUUUCUAAAAAGCAUGCAGUGUCCCAAACCAGACUGCAUGUAUCUGCAUGAGCUGGGAGACGAAGCAGCUAGUUUUACAAAAGAGGAAAUGCAGGCAGGGAAACACCAAGAAUAUGAGCAGAAACUCUUACAAGAUCUCUACAAAGCAAACCCCAGCUUUCUGCAGAACUCAACAGGGGAGAAGUCAAAGAGCAAAUCGGGCACAUCACCGAGUUCCAACAGUAACAACAAAGAAGCGUGGCCUUCAUUACAAACCACAGGAAAGACACCCAAUGGGCUUCCAGAUCCCCAUGAAACUCCAUCUCUAGAUGGCGGCUCAGACUCGGAAAACACAACUCCAGAUGGACUGGACACAGAGCUGGGCCUGAGUCCCAUCACCGGCCUGCCCCCCUUCAUGUCUAACUGUGACCCUGUCAGCCCAAGUAAUAAAUCUUCAGACAGCAUCGGCAUGAGUAAUGGAGAAACAUCACAACAAAUUUCUGGCAACGACUCUCCAUCGCCCCCUCCUGGCCUGAGCAAGCCAUCUUUAGUGGUGCCCAUCUGUGUAUCAGGGCUGACAGCGCGGUCACCUUUUGAAAGUGCAUCAGCUGACUCACAGUCGCUUUUUUCAGACAACAGCAACUUUCGGCAUCCUAAUCCAAUCCCGAGUGGCCUCUCCGGCUUUCCCAGUUCCCUUCACAGCAACCCAGACUGGCCCACUACCCCAGAACCACAGAGCCUCUUUACCUCAGAGACCAUACCAGUGUCAUCAUCCACAGACUGGCAAGCGGCCUUCGGCUUUGGCUCUUCGACCAAACAACAGGACGACGACCUUGGCUUUGACCCCUUCGAUGUCACGCGCAAGGCGCUCGCUGACCUUAUCGAGAAUGAACUUCAUGUUCAAGACAAAACCUCUUUUCCCACAACCACCACAAUGUCAGCACCAGGCUUCCCCCACGGGCCUUUAUUCGGCUCCCUCCACAACGCCCCCUCUGUGAAAAGUCCUCUUCAGCCCCCUUCGUCAUCACACUUCCCCCCGAACUCCAGCCUGCCCUCGAGGGCCUUCUCCCAGGUCCCACAUCGCACCGUAUACAACUCCUUUAGCUUUCCCGGCCAGACGCAGACCUCCCGUCACAGUUGGAUGGGCGGGCCCAUGUGCAAUAACCUCCCGCACUUGAAUCACACCGGCGGCCAUGGUGCCGCCCUCUCUUCUGGUGCACACCACAGCAGCUUUUUGGACUUAAAUAUGGCACCACAACAGCAGCAACAUCACAGUACGGGGCUCGGAGGUAUUACUAUGACAGAAAACAGUAGCUCACCAGAAAGUCUAAAUAUGAAGGAGUGGCAAGACGGGCUCAGAGCGCUUUUACCCAACAUCAACAUCAACUUUGGUGGACUGCCCAGCUCCUCGUCAUCUUCAUCCUCAUCAUCAUCCUCUUCCUCCAGCAUGAAUCACACAGGCGGUAUCACACACAGCCUCAGCUGGGACGGCACAGCCAGUUGGAUGGACCCUGCCAUCAUCACAGAUGAACGACUCCGCAGACCGUUUACAUUGAUGGACAGCUACAUUACACACUGCAAUAAAGGUAUCCCAGCUUCCUCGGGCAACAGUCUGGACUCUCUGCAGGAUGACAAUCCUCCACAUUGGCUUAAAUCCUUGCAGGCACUUACAGAGAUGGAUGUGCCUUCAAGCUCCACAGUGCCCACCCAGCCCCCACACAACGGUCCUUACGGUGCCCAGUUCCCCCACAGAGCCGGCUGGGGCCCUUACCCAACCACAGCCUCGGCAAACCCCGGCACUCAGUUCCACUCCCCACCGCCAGGCUUCCAGACCGCCUUCAGAGCCUCGGCCCAGACCGCUACAGAUCUGCUACAGAGUGCCGGCAUGGACCGCCAUUAAGAACUGUGAAAUCUAACCCCUACCCCUUUUCACAAGAAGACCCCACAAAUACAAUCAGUAUAAACCAAUUAACAAAAUAACACGAUUAUGUAUCAAUUUCUCUGUUACUUAAUUUUUGCCGCCAUUUUAUCUUUUUCUCGAUUUGUGCUACGCUUGGUUGAGUGUUUUGCCUUGUUGCUGUAGCGUACCGUUCCAGCUUUCCAAAUUGCAGAAUGUUUUCUACAGGUAUGAGAUACUUAGAGGCCUAAAUAAACUACAGAGCUGUAAUGCAUUAACCUCUGUAUAAUCAUUUUGGGUGUCUUGCAUACCAUUGCUCAACAAAGCGAUGUUCUUUUAGAAAUUCCAUUGAAACAAAUCUAACGAAAGUGUCUUGAUUAGACAUAAGAGUCUGCCUUCAAAGCUAAACCAAAAAGAACAGGAUCUGUUCAUCAUCCGCACAACCGAGGAGCUAUUUGCUGUGAGAGUUCUUAAAGCCAUGCCACUAUAAGCAAUCAAGUGGAUAUCCCAAAAAUAUGAAUAAUAAUAAAACGGGGCUUCAAUUUUUGUGUGAUCAAAAGGGUACUUGACUUCCAUUAUUCCGAAGGAUCAAAGGCAUAAUGAUGAGGAAGCAAAAAGUAUAAGCACUUUUUUCAGAGGAUCUUCUGCCUUUCUACCUUUUUUCUAUCCUUGUUAAAAGGAAGAUGCAUUUUUAUGGGGUCGUAAAUGUGGUGCCCGCUCUGAAUGUGGUUAUGGUUCAUAUGGCCGUAACGUUUAAAAAUGCAACGUCUGCUGUAGAUGGUGCACUUUGUGAUGAGUUCAGCCUUGUUAGCAGACCUUUGCCUAUGACCCCUCCACCAAAUUGCCUGGUUGGUCGGGGGGUCUUCGACUUUAAUUCCGACACUGCAGUUAACCUCUGCAUCAGAGGAUGGUAGACUGCGAAAUAAAGAGGAAGGGCGGUUGCAUUGAAGAGUUGGGAAGCACUGACCCCUUCAAGCGUAGGGCUCGUGUAGCACGUGUGGUGCCGCCAUGCGGCAUCUUACAUAGCUUUCCUUGCCUGUUGGGCAAAACAAUCUACGUGGCCUAAUCAGUGUUUACGUUCGAACUAUGCUCCCUGAAGAAACUUGAAAGAAUGAAAGGUGUGCAGAGGUUGAGGAAGUAGAUCUAUAUUUGACUUAUUCAACUCGAGUGGGGCAAUGUUUUAAGUGUGAAUGCGUAGCAUAAAACUUUCCCUGUACAAUAGAGCCACAAAAGGUUUACUUCGCAUGAAUUAGAUUGCCCAGUGUUUUACACAACUUGGGGUUAAAGGGUGUUUUCAAAUGAUUGCUAGGGAAAUAAAUAGGCUCUUUUUUUAACAGUUUGACACUUGUUCACGGACAAUUAUGUAGUGAAAUGUAAUCAUGCUGUUUGUGUCUGUAGAAAUUUGUUCGCACAUUUUCCACUGGCGAAGCAACGUGAUUGCGUUUGAGUGGUAAGUGAUGAAGAAAGCUGGAAUGGUAGCGCUACUGGACAACAAAGGUGUUGGCAAUACACAAGGAUCUCUUUUGGGACUGUUAACAUUGUUCGUCACUUCUACUUGACCCCCCCAAACCCCUUACAUUUACAGUUCUUUUAAUGGUCUUAAUCCUGAAUCAGUUAUGCCGACUGAUUAGUAUUCAACAGUAUUCAAGAGAAAUGAAUCAAUUAAAUCUCAAGAAGAAACCUGUGUGGUUUAACUAUGGGUUUUACACAGUGCUAAAAUGUAAGAAAAUGAAAAUUGAAGCACUAAAGGAAUUGUACCUCUCUUACGGUCUGGAGGAAAAUGAAAACUAAAUCUUAAAUAAAUGAGAAAAUGUUUGAACUGAA